AUGUUGGCUCGUCGUAACCUGCACAGAUCAGUUUUUGGAAACAUUAGGAGAAGGAUAUUAACUGUUGUUUUACUAUACUUAAUAGUCCUAUACUCUUCAAAGUAUAUUAAUAGUAAUGCUGAUAGUGAGGAAUCUAAUAAGAAAACAAAAAAUACUAGUAAUCCAUUUUUGGCAGAUUAUCUAAGUCCCGGUGUGGCUUCGUAUGCUGAUUCGAUCUCUAGUGUUCUGAGCGAUCCCUUAGGUUCCUUUUCUGAUAUUACUGGUUCAAAAAUCGAAUUGGAUGAUGAUGUGCUGUCUCCUACUAAACUUUACAAGAAAAUGAUGUUUGAUACAUCUCCUUCUUGGCCAGAUAGAUAUUCUUUGUUGAGCAAUCUUUUGACAAUCAAUAUUGGUAAGCGUAAAGGUGAGACCGUUAAUUCGAUUGAUGAUUUAGAUUUCUAUGAUAGUGAUCCAAGAUUGAUAUGGGCGGUUUAUUUGGAUCAUAUUGCUAACAUCUCCCCAGCUGUUAUAAAAUCUUCAUUCGGUACCGCACUGCCAUUUUCCUGGUAUGAUUUCGCAGAUUUCCAUGAAUUAAAUAAAUUGAUCUCAAUCGAUAAAACCAGUAUUCCAUGCCAAUUCCUAUUAGAUGCUGCUUUUGAAAAGGAGACUUUACUGAGGAUAGAAAAGGAAUUAGGUGACUACCUAUUUGUUUCAGACCGUCAUAAGUAUGACUUGCCAAAAUGGUAUAAAAUUGCAAGAGAAGGUACUGAUAUCCCAAUCUUUAACGAUGAAACUAUCAAGAAUUAUUGCCAACCUGGUGAAUUAUCUACAGCAAAAUAUAGAAAAGCUAACGGUCAACCGAAGUUUAAACUACCAUUUAAGAUCAUUUACUUACAUGAUAGAGUUAAACCAGAAGUUUUUGAACUUCAAGCUAGAAACUAUAUCCUAUCAUCAUACCCAAAUCCUUUAUCUAUUACAUUUUUGGAUAGUGACAAAGAGGCUUUCAGAAUUAACGUCCAGCAAACAAAGAGAGAAAACAUUAUAGAAUCUGGAAUGUUAAAGAAAUAUUUGGAAAGAAACGUCGAAAAAGCUACUAAUGAUGAAAAAGCUUCACCAUUUGCUGACAGCGGUCCAACUUAUAAAGAUCACAUUUUUGACUUCAACCAGAAAUACGAAGAUUUCUUGAAUAGUUCCAUUAUUGAAAAUAUUAAAUUAAAUAUCGAAGGUGCUCAUUAUGACGCAUUCGAUAAAGAUUCCUUUGAUUUGGCUCCUGAUGAAUUCUAUUUCGAUGUGAAGGCUAAAAUUAAGGAACUAGAUGAAAAAAGAAAAGAUGGUAAAUUAUCAAUCCAUGAUACCCGUUAUUUAGAGUCACUUGAAAAUUCUAACAGAAUCCAUCCUGCUUUAAUGGGUAAAUAUUUUGUAGAACCAUCGAAUGUCCAACAAUUUGCCGGUUUAGGUUGGCAUCGUGAUAGUAGAUUUUUUAAUGGUGCUCUUAUUGAUGAUCCUAUGGCUUAUGCUCAAAGAAUGAACUCAUUGAUCAGAACAUUCCAAAAGUUCACCAAAGCUAACGGUAUAAUUUCAUGGUUAUCUCAUGGUACUUUAUAUGGUUACUUCCACAAUGGUGCUACAUUUCCAUGGGAUAAUGAUUUCGAUUUACAAAUGCCUAUUAAACAAUUGCAUUUGAUGGCACAGCAUUUCAAUCAAAGUUUGAUUAUGGAAGACCCAAGAGAAGGCAAUGGAAGAUAUCUACUAGAUGUAGGUAAUUCGAUUACUGUUAGAGUUAACGGAAACAAGAAAAAUAACAUUGACGCACGUUUUAUUGAUAUUGAUUCAGGUUUAUAUAUUGAUAUUACAGGUUUGAGUGUCAGUUCAUCUCCAAUUAGAUAUACAAUGGACGGUUACUUCAGAGAAAACUAUUCUAAACUCGACAAAAGUAAAUUGGUCAAGGAAUUAUUAGAGUAUGGUGACGGAUAUGCUGCUAUGAAUAUUACUGAUCUUUAUAAAUUUGCUGAAGAGAAUCCUUCGAAGUUUAACAGAGAAGAAAGAGAUAAAAUCGGAGAUGUCUAUAAAGCAGAGGUCAAAUUGAAUGAGACAGGAUCUUUAGAAAAGGAAUUAUCUCCAGAUAUGCGUUUUAUGGUUCAUCGUUCAAUGAAACUAUACAAUUGUAGAAAUACCCAUUUCUACCAACAUGAUAUGCUAUCACCUUUAUAUAACACACAAUUCCAUGGUGUACCUGUAUUGAUUCCAAACCAAUUUAUGAGAAUAUUAAGAAAUGAGUAUGGUGUUCCGGAGGAGAACAGAGUAAUAGAAUUCAAGACUUGGAAAUAUGUUCCUGAAAUACGUAUGUGGGUUGAAAGUGGUAUUAUUGAUAAAGCUGCAAACCACCUUGGAUGGUAUCCAAAUUUACAAAAACUAAAUUCUACACUAGAUGAUCUUGAUUAUAAAGAUGUUAAGAUAUUAUAUUACAAUAUGAUGAAAAGUGGUUACAUUGACAUAGUUUCUUUAGCACAUUCUUCGUCCAAUGUUUUUUCUUAUAAGAUUAAAGAAAACGAAAUUAUGUUUGAUAAGAAGUUAAAACCAGCAGAAAAAGCCCAACUUUUAAGUGAAUUAAGAAGCACCAUAUUGCCAGCUGUCAGAAACCCUGCUAAGGAUCCAUAUUUAUUUAAGUAUGAAAAAAGAUUAUGGGAUGAGACUAUGAAAUCGAAGUUUGAGGGUGACGACAUAGACACUUUACUAACUACGAUUAAUUUACAGACUGUUAAGAAAUUAUGGGAACUAACAGAUGAGUAUAAGGAAAGGAAAGUGUCAUUAUUUCAGAUUUCAGAUGAAUCACAAUUAAGCAAUAUAAACUUAUCAGGUAUGGAUCUUUUCCAUUCAAACAAAACAGCAAAACUUUUCAAGGAUGAUCCAAUUUUAAGUGAAGAACAAGAAUUGAAGUUAUUAGAAGAAAAGAAGAGAAAAGAAUUGGAAAAGAUAGAGUUAGAUAAGAAAAGGAAGGAACAAAAAGAAAAAGAGGAGAGAGAGAAAAAGAUGAAAGAAGAGCAAGAAAAAGAGAGAAAAUUGAAGGAAGAGCAAGAAAAAAAGGAAGCAGGUCAACUUGAUUCAGAUUCUAAUAAAUUGCAAGAUAACAAUGCUGAAAAUAAAAUAUCUGAAGAGAAUAAGGUCUCCGAAGAGAAUAAGGUCUCCGAAGAGAAUAAGGUCUCCGAAGAGAAUAAAGUUGAAGAGAAGAAGGCAGAAGAGAAUAAAGUUGAAGAGAAGAAGGCAGAAGAGGAGAAGGUUGAAGAAAAGAAGGUUGAAGAAAAGAAGGUUGAAGAAAAGAAGGUUGAAGAGAAAAAACCUGAUGAAAAGAAACCUGAUGAGAAAAAACCUGAUGAAAAGAAACCUGAUGAAAAGAACCCUGAUGAAAAUAAAACUUAA